GUGUUGUAGGGUGCGGUUUCUUGAGUCCAGCUGUAACCGGUUACCGGAGACUCUCGUCACACACACACGGCAGCGCUGUAUGGUUAAACACCUCAACAAUUAUUCUCCGGAGCGGCUUUAUGAUUAAGCUACAAUCUUCAAUGAGUAAGCAUAUUCCACAGUUCUGUGGUGUUUUGGGUCACACAUUUAUGGAGUUUCUGAAGGGCAGUGGCGACUACUGCCAGGCUCAGCACGGCGUUUAUGCAGAGAAGUGAACGGCUAGCCUCGCUACCUCAUCAGAAGAGAGACUUGUGUUACAGUUUUAACGUUGGCGGUAUCGGGCUUGGUGAGCGGGCGUCCACAGCGGUCGGCGGUUCUGGAUGGGGUAAAAAAAAUCUCUUGAAGUUCACUGCCCUCGUCGGCCCUACGUCUUCACUCUCACCAGAGAACCAGCCUUGUUUUCUAGGAUUUUUGUUUUCGAUUUUCCUUAUUUUUUUGGGGGUCAUACCUUAUUUUUCCUAAUUGUAUCCGCCAAGUUUUCUUUUUGUUAUUGGAGAGAGUUUCUCCCGUUUUUGAUUAAGAUUUUCAAGCUAUUUUAAAGUCAAAAAUGGCUCGUAUGAAUAGACCUGCCCCAGUGGAGAUCACUUACAAAAACAUGAGAUUCCUCAUUACCCACAACCCCACUAAUGCCACGCUUCACAAAUUCAUUGAGGAACUGAAGAAAUAUGGGGUGACAACGGUAGUUCGCGUGUGUGAGGCCACGUAUGAUGCAAACCUGGUUGUUAAAGAAGGUAUUCAGGUUCUGGAUUGGCCCUUUGACGAUGGAGCUCCUCCAUCUAAUCAGAUCGUCGAUGAUUGGUUAAACCUUCUUCGGGUUAAGUUUAGGGAGGAGCCAGGCUGCUGCAUUGCUGUACAUUGUGUUGCAGGCCUUGGAAGAGCCCCAGUACUGGUUGCUCUGGCCCUGAUUGAGUGUGGGAUGAAAUAUGAGGAUGCUGUUCAAUUCAUUCGACAAAAGCGCCGUGGAGCAUUCAACAGCAAGCAGCUCUUCUAUCUGGAAAAAUAUCGUCCCAAAAUGCGUCUUCGAUUCAAGGAUUCCAACGGGCACCGCAACAACUGCUGCAUCCAGUAAAAGCUUGCGCAUCAGCCUUUCUCAAAUGUGUAAUGGGAGUUUGUAUCUGGCUUAAGUAGUUUGUUCUCUUCAUGGUAACUGUGAAAAUACCGUAACAAAAAUUAAGCUUAUUUCGUUACUAGUGUCCCCCUCCCUUCUCUUUGUUUUAUGUAUUUCCUGUGGAGAAACCUCUGUCAGCAAGGUCAAGUGCUUGUUUGAACAUGAGCUUAGUGUUUUGCGAUGACGUUUUUGUUGGUCAAAUCCCACCUCUGCCAAACACAUAGUAUGCUUUGAUUAAAAAAACAAAUUUCAUGCAUUUUUAUUAAUCUGUAAUAAAUGCCUGCCUCCAAAAAGAUCUAAAAUAAAUGCCUUAUUACAGCAGAAAGACACUGUCUGGUGGAGGAGUUCUCGGUGGCAUUUGGAGAGGUUUCUCAAAGAUGUCUUUUGCAGAAAAAAAAAUCAGGAAGAGAGGAAAAAAAAUUGAGGAAAAUAAAAUGUCUUUAUAUAAAUAUAUUGAAGGGUGGGGUACUACUUUUUGUUGUUUAUCCAAACUUUGUUUACCUAUUACUGCCAUGUCAAUAGUGUGAUGUUUGUGUUUUGGCUUAAAACUGGACCUCAAUGUCUGCGGUAUUUUUAUGCCUUUUUAUUUGAUGUGCGUAACUUAAUAUUUCGAUACUUGAUUUAUGUACGGUAUUUGAUUAUGUGUACUGUUAAAUCACCUAUUUAUAUCAUUGGAUAUAUGUUGUAGAAUAGCGAGAGACAAGUUUGCCAAUUUGAGAGUACAAUAAAGAUACACUGAAGGAA